GCCUUCAGCCCAGCAGGAGCCGCGGGCCACGUCUCCGGACACCGCUUCCGACACGGUGCCGGUACCCCAGCAGAAGGAGGGGUGGGGGGAGGAGGACGUCGCACCGGAAAACUAAAGGUGCUCUUCCAUCUCGUGGCGGCUCCGUGCAGCUGUGUGACGGCCAGGAUCCACACUGAGGAGCCUGCACACAUUGAGACAGCUGAGCCCAUGCAGGUCUUUGUCUUCUUAGAUAUACGCAGGACAACACAAGCAGCAAGGGGCCAGGGUUGUGCUUCAGAAGCUCAGCUUCACUGAGGACGAUAAAGACCUACAUUGAGCCCUGGACAACGGCAGUGAUCCUCAGCCAUCAUGCUGCGCUGCCGGGUGAACCUCAGCACCAUGAUCUUCCUGGUCAUCCUGCAGGGGGCAGCGGUGGUCCUAUUCUGCGGCUGGUAUGUCCAGCUCAGUCCCUGCGGCUCUGCUCCCCCCAACGACAAAGUUCACGUGCUGUUGCUGUCCUCGUGGCGAUCAGGCUCCUCCUUUGUGGGUCAGGUGUUCAGCCAGCACCCGUCUGUCUUCUAUCUGAUGGAGCCGGCGUGGCAUGUGUGGACCAGUAUCCAGAAACAUGGUGCGCGGGUCCUCCGAAUGGCAGUAAGGGACCUGUUGCGAAGCGUAUUUCAGUGUGACUUUUCCGUGAUGGAGGCCUACCUGUCAGAGAAGAACCAGGUGUCCUCCUUGUUUAUGUGGAGUCACAGCAGAGCACUGUGCUCCCCGCCGGCCUGUCCUCUGACGCCACGCGGCCAAUUCAGCAACCAGACUCAGUGCAUCAAGGCAUGUGGUACCCGUGGCCUGCAGGCGGUGGAGGAGGCUUGUGGCACCUACAGUCAUGUGGUACUGAAAGAAGUGAGAUUCUUUGAGCUGGAAUCCCUAUACCCGCUCUUGCAGGACCCAAGCCUAGAUCUCCGCAUCAUCCACUUAGUCCGAGACCCUCGGGCUGUGGUUCGCUCCAGAGAGGAGUUAGCCAAAGCCUUCAAUAGCGAUAGUGCCAUCGUCUUGGAGCAGAAAAGCAUACCAGCGGCUGAGGUGCAGUAUCAAGUCAUGCAGGAGAUCUGCCGAAGCCACGUCCGCAUUAAUGAGAGGGCCAUGCUGAAGCCCCCUCCAUUUCUAAAAGGCCGUUACAAGAUGAUCCGCUAUGAGGACUUGGUGCGCAACCCACUUGAGGAGAUAACUGCCAUGUACGAGUUUGUGGGUCUGGAGACGACCAGCCAGUUGGGGGAAUGGAUCUACCGGGUGACUCAUGGGAAAGGCAGAGGCUCCAAGAAAGAGGCCUUCGAUAUCACCUCGCGGAACGCCGCCGACGUCUCCCAGGCUUGGCGUACCACGCUGCCACACAACAAAGUCAGACGCAUCCAGGAGGUGUGCAAAGAUGCCAUGUCGUUGCUCGGUUACGGGACAGUUAACAGCGAAAAAGAACAGAAGCGACUCGACAUUGAUCUACUGGUACCACGGGAACCGUACCAGUUCAGCUGGCUACCAGAUAAAACCGAGCGUCCUAGUGAUGGUUAAUUUGAAUGACAAACACACCGGCAGACUUUGUUUGACUGACGUUUGUAUGCUUUAAAGGGUUUAUUCGCGGUAUACUUUUGUAGGCAGUAAAUUGGCAUACAUUUGGGAAUAAACAAAAGAACACCUGGUCCAAUAACAUUAGCUGAUUUACCCUUAUUGCCUUAAGUCUGGCUCAUGUUUAAGAUUUUUUCUUUCUGCAAAUAUAAAUUUGUAUUUGCAGCAGAAAAAAAACCAAACACGUAUUUUCAGAAGAUUUUUUUUCGAUUUGGAGGUUUCUUCAUUAAACCGCUGCAAUCUCAAUGCAGUUGUAAAAGGCCGGUGGAGGAGGAAUGUCCUGUAAUUGGACCUCAGGCUUUCAUCUCUGCCCAUGAUGUGGUUCUGUCGUCCCCAUCAGUCCAGAUGGAAGUCAGGAAGAGGUCUAUCCCCAAGUCUCUGCCGGGUAGGCCGGGUGUCACUGCCCCAAGCGAGAGUGUAUCGCAGGCUCUUGUUGACAACUGAAUGGUAAAAGCGAUAGACAGGCGGUCCACAGGGAUGCCUGAGACACUGCUCCCAUCGCUCCCUACUCUGUACCUCCCUACCCGUCCCAUAAGUAGUUCGGACAUACGAUAGGGAUGUUCCCCAGAUCAGCAGAAAGUACCAACUAUGACCCAAUGGACUAACACAAAGAGACUUUAUUUCCUUAGUUACAACCUUGGGUAUCUCUGGAUCAUUCAAGUUUUACUCAAAGGGAAUCUGGGCCUGGCUUUUGCAGCAGGAAAGGCUCUGUGCAGCUGCUGCCAUCCGCCAGUGUGUACCAGAGAACUAAUGUCAAUUCAGCCAUUUGAAUCCACAUUGUUUGAAGCUGGACGUCAUGCCAGCAUUGCCUGAAGGCCCCGUCGGCCCUUCCAGGAGACUUUUGAUCCCCGAUGACGCUCCCACAGAGGAGGAGACUGUUUGUCUAUGUAGUGGAUUGACAUGUCAGGAAGCUCCCUUAGGUUGUAUCACCCACGUUUCAAUUCUUACCUCUCACAAUAAAAGGAUAAUUUUUGCAUUUUCAUGUUGUUUAUUGACGGGUAGAGGCCUUUAGUGAGUAACAUUCCUUGUGGACAGUUAGCUCAGUGAGUACUUCUGACAGCCACACUAUAUUCAAUAAGCAAUGCGUUCAAAGUUAAGCGAUGGAUUCAGAUUCAACAAAAUACAGUGCGUCUACUGUGUUGCGAAACAGAUGGUCCGUAAGAGUUAAUAUGGGAAAAGAUGAGUCUGUUUCUUACCUCUGAUUGUCUUCCUGAGACAUAUGAUCAUGUAAACAUAAACACAUGGGACACAUGGAACCAAGUGCUUUGCUUGGUACAUUGUGUUCUCUCAGUAUGUGUGUGCAGAAAUGUUGAAGCAUUUCCCAGUGGACACAGUGAUCGAGCGUUCUGCAGUAAUAAAUGCAUGUGGAGAGCAGAACUGAGCAACAGUGACCUCCAGAGCAACGGGAGCAGAAGUUCACAUUUAAAUGAGGCGUCUCUUCUGAAUCAAUCAAAUGUUUUGAGAGGAAAAGAAGCUGUGCCUAAACAGAUGAUAUGUUGACCCCGAGCAAUGUUAAACCUAUGACACCGUCUACUGGUGUGUGUGUGUGUUUGUGUGUUGGGUGUUCUUGUAUUUAUGCUUAUCAAGCAGAAACUUAAUGGUACUAACUGAAGCAAUAAACAUUUACA